AUGAGUCCAAAAAUUGCAAUUAUCAUAGGGCUUCUAAUAAGACUAGGAUUAAUUGCUUAUGCUGAGAUCUAGGAUAAAUAUUUCAAUCUCAAAUACACAGACAUAGAUUAUUCAGUGUACUCUGAUGGAGCUUAAUAUGUUGUGGAUGGUGGUUCACCGUAUGAUAGACACACCUACAGAUAUUCACCUAUUCUAGCAUACAUUUUAAUACCCAAUGUGUGGAUUUCAUCAUUCGGAAAGAUUCUGUUCAGCUUCGUCGAUAUGUUAGCAUGUUACUUUAUGUAAAAAAUGGUCAAGUCUACAUUUUUAUUGAAUUUGUGGAUUUUCAAUCCUCUCACAAUCUAAGUGUCAACCAGGGGAUCAUCAGACACCAUAAUCGUGCUCUUAAUUUAUGUCAUGCUGUAUUUACUGAAGAAAGAGAGAUAUACAUGGGCUGCAAUCAUAUAUGGAUUCAUGGUUCAUUUGCGCAUCUAUCCAAUAAUAUACGCAAUCCCAUUGUACUUCUUUAUCGAUUCUCAUCAACCUGAAAGAAUAUAUUUGGGUGUAAUUAGUAAGAAUAAAGUGAAAUUUGCCUUGAUUUCAGGUGGGUUGUUCAUAGCCUUAUUGAUAUUUUUCCACUUUAUAUACGAGGAUUUCCUAUUCCAAACAUAUCUAUAUCAUUUUACAAGGAAGGACAAUAGACAUAAUUUCUCUCCUUAUUUUUAUCAGAUUUAUUUAAGUUUUGAAUCCAUCACCAGGACUCAAGCAACAUUAACAUUCUUACCAUAAUUUUUGAUAGUUCUAUUGGCAGGAUUGAAAUAUUACAGAGAUUUACCAUUUGCUAUGUUGAUUCAAACUCUUGGGUUUGUUGUAUUUAACAAAGUGUAAACAGCUUAAUAUUUUGUGUGGUGGAUUGCCUUGAUCCCAUUGGCACUCCAAAAUACCAAGAUGAGCAAUAAGGAGAUCUUGAUGUUGUCGAUUACUUGGCUGAUUUUGGAAGUGCAAUGGAAUUUUGGAUCGUAUUAUCUGGAGAUCUAAGGGUAUGAUGUAUUUACAAUGAUCUUUAUUUAAUGCGUGAUAUUCUUUUUGGCGAAUACGUAUUUGAUGGUCAAAGUUAUUGAGAAUCGCAAGGCGAGUGAGUUUUAUAAGAUUAAAAUGGAUUGA